AUGAACGUUUUUUCAAUAUUCGCUUUAGGUUUUUUAUUUAAAAAUUGUUCCUGUUUUCAGUGCUAUUGUCAAGGACAAAAUGGCGAUAAUUGUGUGAACGGAUUUUGUGAAACGGAAAAUUAUUGUAUAAAAUCUUGGAUUGUGGCAAAUGGGGCAGACUGUUUAAACACUCGUACUGAUCUAUCCGACCGACAAUGUCAAAAAAAUCGGAGAGGACUGGUCUCGUGUAUUUGUAACUCUGAUAAAUGCAACGAUGACUCGUUUACAAUACCAUCGGAUGUUGUUCUUACCAUACCACCAGUCAUCAAAUGUUUCUCACAAGACUUGAUUGAAGAUAACUACUGUUUCGGGCACUAUUGCACGUAUGAACAGGAAUACAUCAGAAAUGACUUUGGAGAUGCAUAUACCAGCAUUAAUAGUCCGUCUCGUGGUUGCAGUGACUUGGAAUAUGCAGAAGACCUGAACUCCCCGAACAUGUGCAGAUUGCUCAACGGAUUGCUAGAAUGUCAGUGCUCCACGCCAUACUGCAAUCGAGAUCAACCGUUUGAAGUACCCAUGGGAAACACAUUAUGCUAUUAUAGAGAAGGUGAAUAUGAUUCGAAAAAUAUUCCAGCACGGAAACACUGUCGAGGUCACGUGUGUGUUGCACGCAUCGACAAAAAAGUUAAAGAGCUGGGCUGCCUGAGUGUCAGUGAUGGAGCCCCGGAGGAGUCAAAAACCAGUGGUGCAAACAUGUAUUUUAAGUUUUGUAACGAAGACGAGUGCAACGGAGAUUAUAUUGUAGAAACGAGUACACCACAAAUUGAGGCAAAUUCUGUCAUAGAAUAA